GUGAUCGAGCGAUUUUUCAAAAAUCAUAUACUCAUAUAGUUCUCAUAUAGUUCUCUCUAUAUACCGUGUCAAAAAUAUUGAAAUCAAGGCCGUAAAUGCGGUGAAUGCCGUGUACGCGUGUACGCACGGAGUUCUAUAGCCUUGGUACGCACGCAAGGCCAUAUCAUGGAGGAGAGAAUAAUAGAGGAGUAUUCUCUCAUCCAUGGCCAUAUAUAGUACGCACGCACGUGCUCUUAUACGCGCGCGUGUACGAAGCUGGUGCGUUGGCUGUGCAAUGGAGCCUGAAAAUAUUGAGGAAUACGUGGAAGAAAUUCAGCAUUUGCUCUCUCAUUAUUCAUGGCUUUUUGAUUUCAAGAUGACCCAGAUGUUAUCUGGAAAUGUGUUUGAUUUAAUGCCUGUACACUGGUUUGAAUUUGGCAAAGAUGCAGCUGUGGAAGUAUUACAUGAUGUAGCGGAGGGAACUCCUAAGGACAACUGGCCACCGGGAUUGGCUUCGUUUGUCGGCCGUUGUGGCCGUCUGCGGCGAUGGCAGCUGCGGUGCGAUGAGCCGACCAACGAGAGUCCCCUGCCGGAGGCGCUGACGCGCGGAGUCUCGGCCAAGAAGCGGCACGAGUUGCGUCGGAUGGUGCCAGCCGUGACCGGGCUGUGCACUCGGACAGGCUUACAUCUGGUGAUGGACGUCGGCGCAGGGUUGGGUCACCUGGCCGAGAGUUUGCGGCAGUCGACGCAGCUGCGUAUCCUUGGUGUGGAGCGAGACGCGUCGCUGUUGGAGGCCGCUGGCCGCCGGCGGCGGAGGCUGACUGAGUCGGGCGCCGCCGGCUGUCCCGCCUGCUGGCGGAUCGUGCGCUGCGAGGUUGCCGACUCGGACUCGGGUCAGCAGCGGCUGCAGCGGCUGGCUGCCGAGUUCGCCGCCGACCGGUGCGCCUGCCGGGACGCCACUCAGCAGCCGACUGGCGGCUGGUGUCUGACCGGCCUGCACUGCUGCGGAGACCUCGCCCCACAGCUGCUGCGGCUGCUGGUGCGGCUGCCCGAGGCACGCGCACUGCUGCUGCUCUCGUGCUGCUACCACAAAGCGGCGGACGGUCGACUGCUGAGCCGGCGGCUGGCGACGGUGCGGCUGGGCCACUUCGGACGCCGCCUGGCCUGCCAGCAGUCGGUGUCUGCCUGGUGCCACCAGUCGGCCGCCGAUCACGCGCGGCAUGCUACUGCUGUCGGCUGGAGAGCUCUGCUGGAGGUGGUCGCCCAGCGGACCGGCCUCACUGUCUCGGAUCGGCGCCGCCACGGCACGCACCGGUACGCCAACUUCGCAGAGUACGCGGCCGCCAUGUUGGGGGCCGCCGACGACAACGCUGACUGCGACCAACGGCUGCUGCAGUGCACGGCGAACGAUGUCUUUAAACAAUACGGAGCUCAGCUGCGGUGUGUCGAAUUCCUGACCGCUCUGCAGGCCUGUCUGCAGCCGGUUUUGGAAGGACUGCUGCUGCUCGACAGAAUGCUCUUUCUUCGCGAGCACGCCAUCUCAGCGGAGCUGAUGCCGCUGUUCGAGGACCAACUGUCACCAAGAACUUGGGCAUUGAUGGCAUGGAAAACGUGAGGACAAACAUCGGGGAUGCCCUUACCUCCAGGACAAGGUUUGUGCUUCAAUAUUUUUUUUUU